GCUAAAUUUAUUUUAUUAUCAAACGCAAGUCUUUUAUUUUAUUGCAUAUAGACUCGGACAGUGUUAACGAUAUUUGAAUGUUUAUGUCUUGAUUGAGACAUUCCCGCGUUGUCUAUAAGAGUUACCUAAGAUGACCCCGCAACAGAAUCAAUUUUUUGCCAAAUUAAAACUAGUAGAUCUAACCUUUUGGCAAGUCUUCUACCUUUCUUCCACUUCACAUUUACUUCCCUAUCAUUAUGUGUCUAUGCUCGUAUCGUAUUUAUGUUUGGUAAAAUUUAUCAGACCAACUCACUUUUUACUAGUCCUCAAUCACCUAUUCCCAGCUUUCCAUUUACCCGCCUUAUUCUUUACUGUGAAUUUCUUGAAUGUCUCCAAGUUCAGAAGUGAUAUCAUCAACUUCUUUCUAUUUGUAGCGGGUUAUUUUCAAACAUG